AUGGCCGCAACUAAGGAAGCAAAGCAACAAAAGGAACCAAAGAAGAGGACCACCAGGAGAAAGAAGGACCCUAACGCUCCUAAGAGGGGUUUGUCAGCAUAUAUGUUCUUCGCUAAUGAAAAUAGAGAUAUCGUCCGUUCCGAGAAUCCUGACGUAACCUUCGGCCAAGUAGGCAGAAUAUUGGGUGAGAAAUGGAAGGCUCUGACUGCUGAAGAAAAGCAACCAUACGAAUCCAAGGCUCAAGCCGACAAGAAGAGAUACGAGUCUGAGAAGGAAUUGUAUAACGCUACACGUGCCUGA